CUCUCCCGUUAAUUUUUGUGCAUCACUUAGUCGGCCUGCAUUUUUAUAUUAUCUGCUUUACCAUGGCUUACAAUCUAGUUAACAUAGCUAAAUCUACCUCAUCCCUGACGGGAAAUCUCGCGAAAACCGCUCUUCGCAGUAUCAGUACCUCUGGCAUUGUUUACGAGCCGCGCCGUUUGCCAGACAAAACCGGUAAAAAUGUAGUGUUGGUAGAUGGCGUGAGAACGCCUUUCCUGACUUCCGGAUCCGACUACUCGAAAUUGAUGCCCCAUGAGCUCGCCCGCCAUUCGCUCCUGAGUCUUUUGCGCAAGACUAAGGUAGACAAAGAGGUGAUCGAUUACAUUGUAUACGGCACCGUAAUCCAAGAGGUGAAAACUUCAAACAUUGCCCGGGAAGCUGCGCUCACCGCUGGGUUCAGCAACAAAACUCCUGCCCAUACCGUUACGAUGGCUUGCAUCAGCUCGAAUCAAGCAAUCACUACCGGGAUGGGGCUAAUCGCCACCGGUACAUACGACGCCAUCGUAGCCGGCGGUGUUGAGUUCAUGUCCGACGUGCCGAUCCGUCACAGCCGUAAGAUGCGCUCGUUGAUGUUGCGUGCCAAUAAGGCAAAAACAAUGGGCCAACGGCUGCAGUUACUGUCCACAAUCCGGCCCGAUUUCUUCGCCCCUGAGCUUCCGGCUGUGGCCGAAUUCUCGUCCGGAGAAACCAUGGGCCACUCAGCCGAUCGGUUGGCAGCCGCCUUUAAUGCGUCUCGCCAGGAGCAGGACGAUUAUGCGUUGCGUUCUCAUACGCUUGCCAAAGAAGCACAAGAGAAGGGCUACUUCACGGACUUGGUCCCCUUCAAAGUGGCUGGCGUGGACAAGACGAUCGAGAAGGAUAAUGGAAUUCGCGUGUCUACGAAAGAAUCGCUAGCCAAGCUGAAGCCGGCAUUUGUGAAGCCGUACGGCACGGUGACCGCAGCCAACGCUUCCUUCCUUACCGAUGGCGCUUCGGCUUGCCUGAUUAUGACCGAGGAGAAAGCCAAAGCGCUGGGCUUGCGGCCGAAAGCGUAUCUGCGAGAAUUUUUAUACGUCUCGCAAGAUCCAGUCGACCAACUGCUUCUCGGUCCGGCCUAUGGAAUCCCGAAGCUGCUGAAAAAGGCCGGGCUCACGAUGAAGGACAUCGACGCGUGGGAAAUCCACGAGGCAUUUGCUGGACAAAUUAUUGCCAACCUUAAAGCACUCGAUUCGGACUACUUUUGCAAAAACUAUCUGGGACUAAACGAAAAGUUCGGUACGCCCGACAUGUCGAAGUGGAACAAUUGGGGAGGAUCACUUUCGAUUGGACAUCCGUUUGCGGCUACUGGUGUGCGUCUGUGCAUGCAUGCGGCAAACCGUCUGGUGCGUGAAAACGGACAACUCGGCCUCAUUGCUGCUUGUGCUGCCGGUGGACAGGGCGUCGCCAUGUUAGUCGAACGGCAUCCGGAAGCUAAUGCCGAGUAGGAUGGUCCAUCCAUUCCAACUCUGCAUUGCCUUCCGUCCCCCACCCCUCCUCCUCCAUUAUCUUUGUCGGUUCCAAGUAGUUGAAACAGGAGAUACCGAUCCACGUAUCGUGACUGUGCAAGCUAUGUUAUGUGUCUUUGUGUUUUUUGUUUGAUUUGAUACCCAUUAAGAUGAACCUAGAUGUUAAGAUUGUGCGCUAGAGUAAGAGAAAUGUUUUCUUUCGUACGUACUAAGCCUAGUUGAUCCCUACAGCAACCUCGAACUGCGUCGAACGAAAAAUGAAUCGAGAUGGUGCCGAAAGCCCUUCCAUUUUGCGUUGCCUGUUGCGACCUCGAAUUUGAGUUGUGCAACUAAGGAAGGGAUGAACAAAUUCGUCAACGUUUUCUUUUAUAAUUGUACUGUGUAGAUCGAUAAAACCGUGUACUUCCCUUCAUACUCCCAUCCAAUCGUGCACGUGUUUCUGUAAGCUUUAAGGUUAAAACAAUCACUAUUUUAAGGAAUUGGUCCCAAUACACGAAUGCAUGAUACGCGA